GUGUUUGAGAAGAGUGAUGCUGCUGUUAGGUUAAAUGACCCAGCGGCAUGACACUAAAGAUUUAAAUGUCCAGUAAAUUGCACCUGAACCUUGUUACUCAUGAUGGGCACUCUGAUAUACUUCUGCAGCGAGUCAGUAACUAUGGGAAGAAUAUAACUCAUCAUUAAGGUAGACAUAAUGAGUGUAGAGGCUGGCACAAGUGGGGAGGGGCUGGAGGAGGUGUUCUUGGACACUGCUUUAGAAGGAGCCCCAUUCACGGAUAAGAACUCCAGUACGGGUAUCCUGAAUGAUGUCUUCGAAGAUCUGCAAAAUCCCGAUUUGGGAUACCUGGUUCUCUCCCUGCUGGUGGCCAUAUCUUGGUCCAUCUACACCAUACUCUUUAACUCAAGGGUACAAGGAAGCAUUCUGACCGCCAUCCUACGGAGAUUCGUCAAAACUGGGGACUUGACAAUAGGUUCAUUUUCAUUGUCGGUAUUGUCGGGCAAGAUCAUGUUUCGUAAUGUUGUAUAUGUAACAGAAGACUACAACCUCCGCAUCGUUGAUGGGAUCCUCAAGUUCAGAUACUGGCUGCCAUAUGCCAAGCGUGAGCUCUCAGAAGAUAUGUCACACUGUGACCAUCGAGUGUGGCUUGAGCUCAACGGACCAGAACUGCACAUUUACAAUCGGUCACAACUUUACAGUGAAUUAGAGAAAACAUUUGGAUUAGAUAAUCAGCUAGGAUCUGGGAACAGACCUGGCAAGUCUGAGGAGGAUGGGGAGGGGGAGGAGGGACAGACACAGAACCAUGACAUGAGUUUCUGGCAUGACUGGAGAGAUCUCAUCCCUGUCGUUAAGAUUGAUCUCAAUAUGGCCAGGUUUGUAUUUGGCAACCGUCUGGUAGCGUCGACACUCCUCCUGACAACAGACAAGGCUGAGUGUUGCUACACGACCAAGCCAGCAGCAUGCUCCCUAGACUACUUUAUGCAAGUUCUCACUUCAAAAGCAGAGAACUUCAGGGUGAUCCUUGCUCCAAGCCCAAAAUACACUGGUGUUUUAGAUGAGCCACCUAGAUAUAUGGGUGAAGGGUUUGUGGUGAUGUCAUCCAGCCUCGUGCACUUCUACUAUUAUGUGGAUGAACCAGGACCUGUGCCAGAGCACCCUCAGACAAUGAGACUGCCGAAUGGAGAUGAAGUAACGGCCUCAGCACCUGUGUGGGGCUUGGAUAUUAAGUGUGCAAAGGGUACCAACCUCAGCUAUGGUCCGUGGGCCGACCGUCAACGAGAGCAGCUGUUUCGCUUCUUUUGCCCACAAGAUUACCAGACAGUGAAGAUGCCAAAUGCACCAGUUCCUGGGGAGUUACGUAAAGUUCAGCAGUUUGAUUUACGUCUCAGCAUUCUGACUGAGGCAACCAUUGACAUUCUCUUCUCCAAGGAGAAAGUGACCAACGCAGUCCACAUGAAUGUACAGCGAGGAUCUUACUUUGAGAUGACUCUCCCGUGGGCAAUAAACCAAGAAGGGUAUAGAACCAGGAUUAAUGGUCAACUCUUCCAUGUGGAUGCUUCUACUAGUCUACAGUACCGUAGUCUCCUGGAAGCUGAGACACUGGACUACGGCGUGACCAUCCACUACCCUCGUGUGUGGAACCACCACCAGAUGUGGGACUUGGACUUCAGCAGCAGCAAAGCCACCUACCACUUCUUGUACUCCCAUAAAGAAUUCUUCCAAGAUUUGAUUGAAGACUGGUCGUGCCGCGUGCCCCCAGACCUGUUACACUUUGUGCCCUACGCCUGGAAUUUCACCCUCAAGCUACAACAGUUUGAAUUAGUCACCCUCGCCAAUGGCUACAACUGGGUGGACUGUUCUUCACAGCAUCUAGCCAAUGCUCAUGUUGCCUUCUGUGGGGAGUUGUUUGAGCUGAAAUUCACGCUGCCUUUCAUUGACUUCCUGCCUGAGACUGUCCUCCUAAAGUUUGCAAUACUGGCAGAAACUGUGGACUUGAGCUUGUACCUGCCACCUUCCAACACUUCAAGGAACAUCAUCACCGCCCUCGACCGAAAUGCUAAAUUAAUUGACAAAGAAGAUAGACCCAAACAUGCUUUUUCUAAUGACAAGUGGAGAAAGUUCUGUAAACUCAGUGCUGGCUGGGUGGACUGCUGGCAGGUACCAGAACUUCAGCUGAACAUUGGCUACACCUACCAUCCAGUGCCACCCCUGGGACCCUCACCUCAGGCCAAUGUGUCCACCCCGGAGAAAGAGGAGUUGCUCUUGUCUCCCAUCAGAGCUCCACACAGGAAGAAGUCACCUAUGGAGAUUAUAAAGAACAUUACUCCUGAACAGUUUGAGCCAACAUCCAUGACGCCCGACUGCUUCAGUGUUGACCUGCGUAUCUCUCAACCAUCAGAGAUUAAACUAUAUGGAUCUGUACUUCGUCAGUUUAUACACCUCAAGGAAAAUAUCUUUGGUGAAGAUCAGAAAUUCACAGACAUGAACCAGAUACAUGUGGAUGAAGACAACCCAGCUGAGCUGAGUCAGCAGGAAGAGUCAAAGUCUAACAGUCUGGUAGAGGAAAAGAAGCUGGAGUUCGACUGUCGCAAGUACCGCCAGUUUAGGGUCACUGUUUACUUAGACAUCAGAAAUGUCCUCGGUCACCUUGUUAAGGACUGUACUGAGAAUGACCCACCUUGCCCUUCUGUGGCCUUGGACCGUCUGGUGUUUGAGAUGGACAAGAGGUUCUCAGAGACACAGCUGCAAGUUGUGGUGUCUCCCCUCAUCCUCACCACCUCUGACAUCAACGACCAUAGACCACCCGCGCAUCAACACCUUCGCACUGGCUUCCUUAUGUUGUCUGGGCUACAGAUGCGAGGUCAUGCCAUGUUCAGUUCCGAGGAGCGGUCCCUGGAUGAAGAGACUCUGGAGUAUGCGUGGUUGGUUGAGCUGACUGUUGGUACACUCAGUGGCAAGCUCACCACCCCUCAGUUACAAAACAUAAUUACAGCAUUGGAAGCAUUUUUGUUCACUGUUGAGGACAUGGAAAACUGUCUACGUCACCCACGCCCACACAUGUUCUGUUACCAUAGAACACCACAGCCACAGUGCAUCCACACCACAGCUGAGCACUUUUGUCCCACCACUGAUGUCAUCAAGUACAAGAUGGUGCGAGCCUCCAUUGAUGGCCUCUCACUUAACCUUGUGGAGAGCGGUGCUAUCCUUAAUGUUGAGAUUUACCCAAUGAGAGUGGCAACUUGUAAUCUGCAUGGCCAGCACACAAGGUCUGGUAUUACUGCUCACAUUCAGAACAUCAGUGCCCGAAACUACAUCUGUGCUCAGGAUGGGCACAAAGAGGGGGGUGGCCGAGGCGAGGCAGCAUCCAUGUGUGGUACAUCCACGAGCGGUGUGGGCGGUCUAGGUCUAGCAGAUGUGUACACGGAUGAUGUGUGGCUGGAGGCAGCAGCUCUUACUCUUGGUCCCGUGUAUGUGGAUGCUGCCACCAGCAUGGAUGUUCUCCACCAUGACAUGCAGCUCAUACAGCAUAAGUUCUUGAAACUUCAUGAUGAGAAUACCAAAAGACUGUGGUUCCUGUGGCCACAGGAGGUCACAAAAGUGUCAGCACAGGUGUUUGGCAAGUGUGGUUGUGUUGGUGGCUGCUCUUUCUUCGGUAACAACAAGAACGGCCUGACCUUCUUCAAGCCCAGCAAGCAGGACUUCUACAAUGGUGUAAAUAUUGCUCAGCUCAGAGUGAAUGAUCCCACAGAAGGUCCAGGUUAUGGCCAGAGUAUUUUACAUGAUGAUCAGCUGGUGUUUCAUGUUGGGGCCUAUUCUGAUCUUGCUCAUUCUCAUUAUGACUCACAUUCAGGAACAAGUAAAGAUCACUAUGUCUUGAGCUCAGGAUAUGUUAAAAGUGCAUCUCCUGCUACACCAGCUGAUGCACAUGCAUCAAGAGGAAGCAGCUCACUUCACCACAGCUCGGACGCACACUGCACGGAGAGACUCAAUCCCCGCCACAGUUAUCACAGAGAAGUGUCGGUCACAAGUCAUGACUCCAAUCCUCACGUGACAGAAGUAGAGUCAAGGGGAUCCGGGGGUGCUGGGGACUCAAGUACCCUGAGGGCAACAAACAAGGAUGUAGUACUGGGUGUUCCAGUAGGAACAGAGGGUCUCUCUACGCCUGGCAGUCUAUCAGAUCUACGACGCUCCGUAGAUAAUGUGAACUCUAGUCGGCAGAGUAAGAUGCCGUCCAGCCUCUCCUUACAAACAGAACUACCUCUUCAUGCUGCAAGUGGCCACAGGUUGUCAGUGAGUGGGAUGAAAGAAUCAAAUUCAAGACAGUCACUCUCCAGCCAACACAGCUUACUAGCCAGUGUACAGAGAACUGUGUCUGUUGGCAGUGAGACCCAGUCAGAGGCUUUCUUCUCUGCUGAUGAAGACCAGGUAAGUAAGAUGACUGUGGUUGGCAAUGGUGAAGGCACGUUGUCCCGUGUGUCGUCCCAGCUCAGCCUCCCGACAGUGCCCGAAGACCAGCUCCAGUCUAACAACGACCGCUACUCCAGUGAGACGUCAACUCCACCUACUCCUCACCAUGACUCCGGGACACUCACCAUAAAUUCAAAUGGACAUUUUAGUGUUGAAGAAGGACGCAGACGCCGCCCAAGCUCUCACAGCAGAACCAGACAUGACAGUGCCAGAAGCAACAGUAGCUGCAGUAGUAGUGGACAGAGUCCGUGUCUAGACCACAGUCAGGCAUCACUGAUACACUCUGUUGGGUCAGAGUCUUCCAGAUUAUGGGAGUGUGAUCGUCCCACUAGAGCCUGGAAGAAAGCGGAUAGGAUUCAGGCAUCUCUGGACUGUAGUGGAGACAGCAGCUCAGAAGUAGGGAGUGUGUCCAGUACCUCAUUUAUUUCGGCUGUGUCAUCCCAGGAAGAUAUUGCCUUGGUGGACCUGCACAUGCAGCUAAACAAACCCAUCACAGAGUCUCCCCUGCUCAUGUCAUCUUACAUCAACCACAUGACUCAGCUGCGUUGCCUCAAUUGGGAUGCCUCGGUGCCCAGCUUCCAGUCAAGCCCUAGUAAACCUCAAGAAAUCCACACGCCUAUGUUUGAAAAGAUAAGUGAAGGGUUCACAGCAAUACGGAUGGUUGAGGGUGGGAGGCACGGUCCGCCUCGAUCGCCUCCCCCACCGUCUGGACGCACCCCGUCACAUCCCUACACCUGGGAUACGCCCAUAUUCACUUGGGGUGAUGCACAGGAGGAACAGAGUCAUGAAGAUUCACAGUUACAGGAUGUUGUGGGAGGUGUGUGUGACUCUAACACAACUCGCACUACUGUUGUCAUCAAGCUGAAGAAAGACGUGGACAUCAUGCUUUCUCCAAUGGCCCUGGAGUCUGCACAGCUCUUCCUUGAGGCACUAACUCCAGUUCUUGAGAGCCUUCAUCCACUCUCCAUCAUCAACCAAGCCCACAUGAGGUCUCUGUCCACCGUCGCUGGCCAGAACACACUGAAGAAGAAGCGUUACAUGUACUGGUCUCGACUGAGGGACAAGAAGGUGGCUGGAACACCAGAACAGUCAGCAGUGCUGAGCACAACAUACCAGGAGAGCUGUUUCCAGCAGAUGCAGGGGCAGGUCACAGUGCCCAGGAUAAAUAUCACCCUGCUUCAGGCAUCAGUGGUGGAGGAGGUGAUCUCAUUCUCUGCACUGGAUAAUAUUCGAGAUCUCACCUGUGUUUCUCUCUUCUCUGUGAGCCUUGAUAGUGUGACUCUUCAAUUUUAUUCUGGUCACCAGUCCAAGAAGUCCGUACAGAUGUACAUGAGGAACCCACAUGACCCCGUCAUGCAGAAGAAGAGCAAGUCCAAGGCCAGACAGGCGGUGGACUUGUUGGCAGAGCCCGUGUACAUUGAAACCUCGGAGCGGCAACAGGAAGAAAAUAUGGUGUCAGUUGAUGUGAACAAGAUGCACGUUCAGCUAAGACGUCUCAAGAAUGAGAGUGCACUGCUCAAGGAUGCAAGUGUUACAGCCAUACCCAACCACAGGUCUAAGGUACUGUUUGGGUUCAGGCGGUGUGCACGUGGAGAGGACGGUGAUAAUGGUGGUGCCAGUGGGACUCCUGUCAUGGAAGAUGAUCGCAUGGGUUUCAUUAUGUGUGAGGCUGGCCUGGAAAAUGUUGCUCUGCGGGCGGUGAAACGGAAAGGCUUUGGGCAACAGGCAGAAGGAAGCGGAAGACACGAUGUUAAUGCACCAAUUGGGAACAACUGUGCCGUGCCGUCAGCAGGCAGUGGAGCCGGCCCCAGUUGUGGCUCAGCUCCUGGUACGGCUUCUAUGGAACCUCCGAGGACUGGUCCCGAAUCCCGCCGGGAACUGUCUGACCGUCUGUGUUCUGCCUCAGUGUCUCAAAUGUCUAACAUGUCAAGCCACUCAGGAGUGGCUCACUCCAUUUCAUCAGCCAAUGAUAGUACCAAGGACCUCCCAAUCAUGCAGAUGAAGAGCGACAAGAGGGACAUAACAUCUUUCAUGGUAGAGCUGAGGACCGUCUGGUUUAACUUUGCUGCUCCGCCUCACACACCCAUCACCAAGAAGAUUGACUACACCAGGCUGGACUGGAACCUACUGAGCACAGCAUCGCCCUCCAUCAAUGCGUGGAUGAAUCCAAGUGAUAGGCUUACGGUGGCUGUCAUCCAGUUCCUCCAUGCUUCAGAGAGUCGCAGGCUGGGUGUCAUGGCGUCCCUAAUGGCUGAGGCACUGGACGUACAGAGCCUCCAUGUUCCUGUCAAGAACAAGUAUGAGAAGCUGAUGCCACUGAGCCAGACCCUUCAGGAGGAUCCCUCAUGCCAGCUGUGCACUGUUCUGCGUCGCUACGUGUUACAGUCAUCUCCUCGCACCAUCGAGGGGAACCUCAUCCCACCACAUCUACCUAAACUUGCUACAUUGAGACAGGGAGUUGUUGUGCUGAGUCGCCAGUGGAAGAAUGCCUUGUAUAUGCCAUUGCUCAUGGAACAGACAUUCAGGAACAAACAGACCCGUCCCACAUACACAUAUAGGCCAAACACGGUUCCUGAAGGUCGUACAACUCCCAGAUUUGAUCCUAACGUGAUACCCAAUGAAGUGACAGACGAGAAGACAACACUUUUGGAGGCAGAGGGAGGGUCACUCAACUCCCGAGCUGGUUGUGAAUCAGAUGGCAGUGUCACCAAUGGUGUAGAGGAUGUGACCGAUGGUAUAAUGAGCUCAGAGUCUACUCAGCUUCCUCCUCGACGCUCUCUUCCAUCUUAUCCCCCUCGGUCAUCCAGAGCAUCAGUCAUCUUGCCCAUCUUCAACACCAAUUUUGAGUCCCCAGCGAGGUUCCAGUUUCCCAAAAUUGGCACGGGUAUUGGUGGACACUUAGCCUUUCUACGUGGAGGCCAGCCUUCCCGCGGUGGACAAGCUGGUGACAACCGUAGUGGUGGCAGCAGGAGCUCUGGCUCAGAUCACGUUUCAUCAUCCAGCCUGGACGGUGGAGGAGGUUCCGGUCUGGCCACCCCUGGACGACCUCCCACUGUUAAUUGUGAAAAAGAUCAUGAAAAUUUGUACAACUGGAUGGUGCGCCAGCAGGAGUACGCCCACACCACAGAUGCCACCAGACCCACUGUCACUUUUCCUAAGCAGGGUGAGGGCCUGCAUGCCAUGAGUGAGGGUGGCAGUGAGCGGCGGGAAUACCCCCCCAUCAGAGACCCCAACACAGUACUUGAGCCACCACAAAGUGCCCACUUUUUGGAAGCCCACGUUAUCUUUGAGCCACUACUCUCAGCCAUCGGGGUUAUCACUCAACAGGUGACUGGUGGAGCUCUGGAGCAGCUAGGAUCCAACGUGUCCAUCACAGGAAGCGUGGAGACCCUCCGUGUCGACAUCAUAGAGUCAGAGGCAUCCAAACAAAAUCGCAAGAAGAGAAAAACGGGGCUGCACCCAGGUAACACAGUCGGCACCUCAGGGGACAGCAGUGAUGCUCCCGGUAAAUUCUUCCUAGACAUUGGGAGUGAGGUUCCAGCCUUCCUCUGUGAGCGUGUUGGUCUCGAGAUUGAUGUGAGCAAAGUAGCAGAUGACUCGCGAGAAUGGGUGAGCCAACAGCCAACGCUGUUUGUAUCACGCAGUGCACUGAAGCAGCACACGUCCACCAUGGUCCACUUUUCUCUCAAUGUUAACUACAUUGCUCAGCAGGUUAACAUGCCACUGUUGCGACUCCUGCACCAAAUCAGCUCCAUGUACCAGAAUGCAAGAGAAACCCAGUUGGGACUCCGAGAGCAGAGACCAACACGCACCAAGGAUACAAAUCUGCCAUCACACCGUAAGGAAGGAUCAUAUUCAGAGUUGCAUGAGGGUGAAUACAAGGGUAAUGAAUAUAGUCUGAGCAUCAGCGAGGAGCAGGCAACCGUGUCUUCCCUUGCUGGCAUCAAGGGCCCCCGAGGAUCCGUUGUCUCCUCACUGUCGGCUCGCAUUUCUCCACCUCCUACUACCUCCAGAGUUAAUCGGCCACAGAGUUUUGCUCAGAGACUGAGGUCAUCCACAAAGAUGAGCAAAGGCUACACCAAUCUUGGGACAGAGCGUGGUACAGGCAGUCCACUGUUCAGCAUCAGUGUGAGUGGCUCAGGGCUAGAAGGGGCCACUAUCUGCUCCUCUGACAAGUCGCCACUACUGGGUCCUCCCGAAGCCUCCACACCACCAGCUGCUGUCACUGCCACACCCAAGUGCUGGCGGAACAUCUACUACCUGUUGGACCUGUACACUACAACGCCUGAAACUAAAACAGUACAACAGAGGUCGUCAGUAACUGUUGAGGCCUCAGAUGGGUACAAAGGUAGUCGAAAAUAUGACAUUCUUAAGGAGAGCAAACAGUCGGACUUAGAAGCCGGCCCCUUACCCUCUGUACCCUCACCGCCUGUAGUGGCCGACAAGACCAAAGAACUUGGUUUGAUUUCGGGAGAGAGGACACCAUUUGUUGUGUUUGGUUUGGCAAAGAUUCAACGAACGAAGCUGCUGGCAACACUGAGUGGACUGAAGCUGGAGGCUGAGAUGAAUGCUGUUCACUCUUCACUAACCUUCAGAGAGAAAGUGCGAGGAGCCAGAACUCCAGUACGGGCCACCCAGCGCACAACAUCUGAACUCUCUCACACGGGCCAUAUCGGCAGCACCAUGAUCGUACUCCUCGAAGGCAUCGCUCCCAACCAGCAGACUGUGGUGAGAGUGACUAUUGGCAAAAGUCAAGGGCUGUACUCCAGCCUCUCUCGUAAGACCAAAGACAAGAAUUCUGCUCUCAUCACCAUUGGAGAUGUUCACAUAGAUAUCCCCCAGCACCCGGUCAUCCUCCAUGACAUGAUGACUCGAGGCAGCAAGCAGCUAUCCUCCACACUCAUGGAAUUGCGUGUGGCACGUCCAAGUGCCCGCCUGAGCCGGGGAGCCACUGUAGAAGAGCAAGAUGUUACAGCAUCACCUCGUCCCCCUCAGGAACCGCCUGGUCCUCAGGAGCCCAUCCCACCUGAUGCACUGCUCCACCCUCUGGUCAUUCAGUUCUCUAUCCUGCUACAGAGUUUAAGCAUCCAGGCAGCUCUCCUGCCUUCACUACAGGCUCAGUACCGCAUGGAACAAGUGUCCAGCCUGGGGAUCACUGGUGCCAAAGCCAAGUUCACCAUACAUCUGCCCACACACCACCUCUCCUUUUCCACCAGACUGCAGGACUUGCCGACCGAGACUCACCUUCCGUCAUCUGCCAGCAUCCAGUUACCUCAGGUGCACGUUGAGGCAGAGCUGAUACAGGACGACCCCCCCUCUCGUAUUGAUCAACAUGCAGCAGCAGAUGGCAUGGUGCUGCGUGAGGGGAGCUACCUCAGUGCUGUAGCAGAGAUUGGUGCUCUGGAACACAGCUUAACAACUGACCUGUUAAACCACCUGGUGUUUGUACAGAAAGUCUUCAUGAAAGAAGUAAAUGAAGUGGUGCAGAAAAUGGCCGGUGGAGACAAGCCAGUACCACUGUGGACGGAAGAGGGACCCACCAGCCAUGUCUCUCAGCCUCGAAGACUCCUCUUUACACUCCAGCUUCGACUUAAGGGGAUCAUCAUCACAGCGACUACACCAACACAGUCAGCAGUGCGGCUAGAGACUGGUGUGGUGGAGCUGCAGCUCAGCAACAGAGUGGAAAACAUUAGUCGACCGAGCCGCACGUCUGUUGAUCCAACGCAACACAUGAAAAUAUUUGGCAAAGCUCAGGUGGACAUCAACGUGGCUCUGGGACAGCUCCUCAGAAACGACAUGUUCGAGGAAGCAGAGCCUGAGUUCCAGCAGCUUGCAUUUUUCCGGACAAGAAUAUGCUUGCGCAAUGCUUUAUACAACGAGAUGCUGAGUGUUGGUGAUGAUGGGGAGGUGGUUUUAAUCACACUGACGAGGCCACUGGUGUGUGUGCAGCCCCUGGCCGUAGACCGAGCUGUUCUUGUCUGGCUCAACUACAAAAAUGCUUAUGAGUACUGGAGUGAGCAGCGGGCGUCUCUCAAUAAAGAAGUACUGACAGCAACACAACAGGUGUUUGAAAAGGUUCCACAGUUUUCAUCAUUGUCCUCAGCUGCCCACAUAACGAACAAUGUUUACUUACAACUCACGGUAGAUGACAUAGGCAUCUGCUUGCCGCUGAACCCUUGUCGAACUGUGAGCCAUCAGGUGGAUUCAACAGAGACGAGAGAUGCUUUGGUGGUCACACUAGAGAGCACCAUCAUCUCUGCCUGUAACUCUGGCUCAUUAGUGUGUAAGGCAAGGUUCAAGGGCUUCUGCAUGCGCUUUGCUCCUGAGUUUGAGACAAGUUUAGAUGACUGGAAGCCUGACUUUAAGGACCAUACAAUCAACUUGUGCACAGUGUCCGAAGGAACGUACGAGGUCUGCAGUCGUACAGUUGCCGGACACUCCGAAAAGGCAGAGAAUGCGAAGUGGUUGCUGAAUGUCCAGUGGCAGAUGGAGGGAGUUGACCUUCACUUGGAUGUCAACAUUGGUAAGCACCUGAGUGCAUUAGCUCGCACACUUACCAUGCUCACAGGGGCUCCUGAUACUGCAGCGCCUCAAGCCAAUUAUGAUUCAGACGACGAUGUUGACCACACAGAUCAUGCUACUUCCCAGCAAGAAUCACAUGCCCUGCGAAGACAACUUGCUUUUAAUGAGAGUCUUCCAGCAUUCAUAUUUGACCCCAACCUUGAUGCUAGACAGAGGGCGAAGCUCUUGGAGAUUGAAAUGAAUGAACAGGCUAAGACGGUAAAUGAUCUCAAGAUGCUCGGAGCGUCCGCAUCCACUAUCGAGCAAGAAAUGCGGCGGUUACAAGAACUGGAAGCAGUAGUAUUUCAUGAUUUCCGUCGAGAUGUUAUAAAGAAACUUCGCCGCCAGAGUGUAAAGGCAACUUCCAUGAAAGACCGGCUGGGUCUGGGACCCAAACAUCACCUAAGGUCUAAGAGCUUCAGAGUUCCCUCACCAACUAUUGAGGUGAAAGAGCCACCAGCAAGUUGUGGGAGUCGUGGGAGUAUAGACCAGGCCUCCAUCAGUGUGGACAGCUCCCCCUGUCACACUGCCAAUGAUGCCACUGCUCAGAAAGUCAAGUUUGUGGAUGGAUCAUCUCAUGGACGGCAUUUGUCCUUCACUAGUGGUUCGUCAGAUUCAUACCCAACAGAUGAGAUUGACAAUGGGGAUGUGUUCCUGGCAACACCAGGGCACAUGAGAACUCCCACUCCUACCAAUGUAUCUGACACUGAGACUGAAACUAUUACUAUCACCAACUUCAGUAGUGACAACAUCGGGAGUGCCGUUAGCAAGAGCGUAGGUGGACUGACAGGCCUGGUGACAGUCCUAGAUCGUGACACAACUCGAGGCAGUGCCGGCGAUGGUUACUAUAGGGACGAUGGCACCCAGGGUGGUGGCAGUGGCAGCACUCCUGGAACAGCUACAGCACCACUUUCUGGCCACUCAAGUACGCACAGCUCAGUAUUCCCUCUUCUACCUGGCUGUGCAGGGCCCAUCACACCAGGUGGCCACGGGUCAAGCAGUUCAGGUACAGUCAAGCCCCUCGACCCCAGCAUUGACUUGGAGUUGGACGUGCGAGUGUGCAUCAGCUCCGGGAUGUGUAAUCUGUACACCAAGUGUGUCUCCAGGGAGGAAGAGAAGAGGAUGAAGAAGGAGCGGAGUUUCUCGGGAGGAAUAUCUGAGACUCCCAGCAGCCCCGGCUCAAUUCGUAAAAAAAACGAAGGUCGCCCCAAUAUACCAAGUGGCAAAUUGCGAGCACCACCACCACCGUUACUCUCUGUGUCAGCUGACACUGUGUUUUAUAUCCCAGGUCUUGAUGUUAAGGUACAUUAUGAGUCCCACAACAUUCAUGAGGAGACUCCAGUUGGAAGCGGCGGUGGUGGGUUUGGCAAUAGUGCUGGGGUGCCAGAUGGAUCCGGUUGGUCGCCUGCCGGUACUACAGGAGGCAGCAGCAGUCUGGGAGGCAGUAGCUCCCGCAAGAGUGGCAUUGGCACUGGUGGCAUUAAACGUGCCUCUCUGUUUACGUGGCUGACUUUACAGAGCAUACAGAGAGAGACCACAGUGAGCCCCAACAUUCUGGAGUUCCUGGAGUUAGCCCUUGAACCACUACCAGUACCUGAGACACAACACAAGUCUCCUGCUGCCUCACAAGAACGUGAAUCAGUGUUCAACGUGGAUGUAGACACUUCAGGAGCUCCUGGCGGAGGAGGCGUGCCUUAUGUGUAUUCUUCUUUCCCUGUUGAUGUAGUUGUUUACUUCCACAUGCAGCCAUCAACCAUCAGGUUCUCCUGUCAGCCAGUGUCACGGGUAGAAUGUUUGCUGCAGCUGCCCUCCCUCAACCUUGUGUUCUCCUCCAAGAGGGCAGAAGAUGGAUCCAUGCCAGAUUUAGCCAGCAAACUGCCAGCAACAAUUGGAGGAUUAAGUGUAACUGGCGUCUUGGAGGACUUCUCACUCUACGUGUUUCACCCGUACGGUGGAAAACAGCGAGGCACCUCAGGGGCGCCUUACUUGGCAGCUUCACCCUUGGCAGCACUCACAGACAGUGAACGAAAGGAUUCCCUCAGUGUCAUGGUAGAGUUUGUCAAGUUUCACAUCUCGAGGUCACGUAAAAUUAACUACAAACCAGAGCUCAGCGCCAAGAUAAAAACUUCCAAUGCUGCAGACUCAGCCAAGGCAAUCAUCAGGUUCUCCACCAUUGUUGACAUCGGAGCCGCACACUUCAAAUAUGAUAUGCGGAGACUGACAGAAAUCCUAGCGUUCCCUCGGGCAUGGUACAGGCGGUCGAUUGUAAGAAGAUUGUUUUUAGGGGACUUUACAGGGGGUGCAAUGUCCAGCGAGUGGGACGAGGUCAGUCCUGCCGCUUCUUCUGGAGAAUCACCACCCAGUCACAAUGUCCCACCUAAGCGACAUUCUUCAAGCUCAGCGGAGGGCAUUGACAACAGUCGUAGGGAGAACGGGAGCAUAAGCAGCGGUGCCAGCCAGUCAACGCCCACCACCUCCUCUCAGCCUCUUGGUGCCGCUGGUGCUGGCAGUCGAGCAAGAGAUAAACUCAGACUCAAUUUUGAUUCGGAAGUCAACAUCAGGAGAAGCCCAAAGCUAUCAGGUGGGAAGGCUGAGGGUGUGAGUGAGGAGGACCUGGAAGGCUCAGGAGCUACAACUGGGGCAGCAGAUCCAGCGGACACGUCGGCAUCGGGCAAGUCGUCGGAAACUGAGGGAACAGCUGCAACUCAGAUGGCAAACAAAGCUGGCUCUUGGGAAACGCUGGUGCUCUUUGCUGUCAACUUUACCCGCCUGGGUGUGCAGAUGAACAUGGGAAAUGUGAUGGGCAAUGUUGUCUGGACAACAAAAGACUUCAAGGCAAAUGGGAGACUGUCAAUAGGCAGUACUGGCCACAAGAAUAUGUAUAUAGGAAUUGGUCUGGGAGGGUCGGGCCUGGAAGCUAAAGGUGGAAUUGUCGGCGGCACCAUCGAACUCUCAGAAAUCAACAUGUACCUAAAAAUUCGUGAAGACCCAGGAACAGAGCCAGACCACACUAUUGGUGUCAAGCUGUUUGCCUCACAGUCACGCUUAGACUACAUGGGCACAAGCGUCCUGAUGGGCCGAGUCUCAUCCUUUGGAGUAACAUUGAGAGAUGAGUGGAAGCUUAAGCAGUGUGCUGACUCAGAUGAAGAUACCACACGCAGAGGUGCGACUAUCUUCAUCCUGGGGGACCUGGAGUGGGACCAGUUGCAGCUCAUCAUCAGCAAGUCCACCACAGCUGACCUUUUGAAGAUGCACCACAAGCUUGAUGAAUUCUUCUCUCAACAGUUUAAGUCCAGCAAGCGUGUCUUUUCCUCCCUCCAGCCCACCAGACAUAAGUCCUCAGUCAAACAAAGACUCAGGGAUGGAAACCGCAAGCUAGUUAAUGUCUUGGGAGUGACAUCGGGCCAGGACGCUCGCCACCAUCGACACUGGCAGGGUGUACUGUAUCGUGUGUCUGGCCUGCGACUCACCACCCUGCCACUGCCCCUGCCAGACUCUGGGACAGUCCUGGGUGGAUCACUGGAGCUCCAUGGCAAAACAAUCUCUCUAGCUUGUUUCCAUGGUGUUAACUUCAGAAGCAAGUCUUGGGCAUUAUUCAGUCUUCAGGAACCAUACAUCAACUUCACCUCAGAAGUUCAGGAAGUGCCGGGAGACCCACCUCGUGACACCCACAUCGUUCAGAACUUGACCUUCAGUUUGGGAGUUAUGGAGCAGACUCACGCACAACACAUUUCCAUGGCUACUGUCUGCAGGAUAACACGAAACAUGGUCUUCCCGCCUCAGUUCCGCACCAUUCAAGAAUGGUUCCACUAUGCAUUUUGCACCUCGGAACUUGACAACGUGGAUCGGUUCCCUUCCCUGGACCGCAGUGACAGCUUACCUUCAUCAGAGGGCAAGCGGUCAUCAGCCCGCCUGCAGGACCAUAACCACUCUUCAGAGACCAUCUUUGCUUUACCUUCCAUGCAGAUUCACCUUAACACUAAACAUCUGCAGACAGCAACAACGCCUGACUUUAUGGUUUGUCCAACAGAUGAGAAGCCUAAAGUGGAGUGCUCACUGGUGACAGAGUUCCAGGACCACAUAUUUGUUGCUGUUGACGCCGAGAACUUCUUCUUCCUCCACGACAUGAUCGCCUCCUAUGUCAAGGAUACUAAAGAGAAGAUGAGAGAAGAAUAUUACUGAUGUAUGAGUCAUGAAUGGGACCACUAAACAGAUGACUCCCCAUUUUCAUCAGAAAAUUCUAAUACUUUUUCUUUAAUGCAGUAUUGUACAGACAUUUUUGUAUUGUAAAAAGUAAUUACUAGUGACCUCAGAAUAUCUCCUAAUAUGAUGUGCACAUGGCUUCAAAAUGCCCAUGAUAUUGGUCGGAUUUCAAAAAAAUUCUGAGGGGUGGGGUGCAGUAUACCCCUCCUCAACCGGGUGGGCUCUCUCUGUGUUCGCAAUGGUUUUCCCACCUACAAAUUCUUGGAGUCCCCCUUUUGAUAUUCCUGGAUCUGCCCCUGCACACACACCCUCUCUAUCUACAGCUAUUGAGCACUAACUAAGCUUGUUACAAAUGCAUAUCACUAUUUGGUAACUCUUUAGGUUAACAAACUAAUGAUUAGCUACUGUAUUGGGCUGAAACAAAGUGCAGAUAAUUUUAACUGUGCUAGAAUGGGUUAACAUCCAGGUCCCCAAGUAUUGCUGGGUAGACAGAUGUAACCACAGUUGGGGGCACCGUAAAUUCCGUACAGAGAUACUGAAUGCUGCAACACAUAAGAUUAGUUUAGUAAAACUAUUUCAUGUGAAAAUUACUUUCACCCCAAAAUUUACUUUAUUAUGCAUGAACUGCUCCCCGGGACAAAUUACCUUCUCUUCUUAGGUGUUAUAAAACUGGAGUUUUUCAAAUCUUACAAAAAUCGCAAUAGUAUAUUUUCUUAUACAAUUGCAUGCUAGCAAGCAGAAUAACAGACUGUGGGGAAAAAACAUCUUUACUUAUCUUACUAUACUCAUCUGGUGGAUGCUUUUCUCCAUACAUACAGUCAGUCCUUUACUUACGAUGGGGUUAGGGACCGACGACCAGGUCGUAAGUCGAAAAUGCGAAAAUAAUACAUAGAAAAUCUAAAAUGAAAUACA